AUGGCAGCAGACACAAGACUGGAGUCUUUCGGGAUCCGAGGCUGGGCGGGACGGGAGAGCUUCCCUCCGCCCCCGGGAGGCCGGGCAGGGCGGCUCUCCGCGGCCGAGGAGGUGGGGCGCGGCGCCGGCGGGGAAGCGCCUUGGCAGGAGCGAAGGAUCCAGUGCGCGCAAGUGACGCUGCGGGCAGCUGUCGCUUCGGAUCGAGGAAAGGUGCGCGAGGGGGAAAGCAAGCUUCUACAGCUAGAAGAAGCCAUGGCCCAAAUGGGACAAAACUCCAGACACUUCCUUCUCUCCAGCCACAACAAUGUCAAUGCAGCUCCAGAAUGGAACAGUCACAACAGAUCUGUAGACAUCGCAGAGCAAAUGGAGAUGAAUAUCAGGGCUGCAACCCAAGUUGGACAUCAGCUUGCAAUGAUAGGAGACGAGUGUAACAGGAUGUACACUGGGAAACUGGAAGAUUCACUGCUUCAUCUUGCAAAGGGGAUAGCAGCCAAUGUUUUCCACGCUUGUAUCUGGAGUAAUUUUAGAAGUAUUAUGAAAGCCUUUGGGAGUUUUUUGAACAGUGGCUGGAGAAAGAAGAUUCUCGACUGUAACUGGAUUCUUUGGCUCCCUCUGAACUGCGUGUGCCAGAAAUGGUGGCCAGCCGCGCUGCUUGCUAUCUUGAUGUGGGGUCUGGUCACUUACGGACUGCAGGACUAGUCAGAAGAGUUGCCAAUUGAAGGUCACUGCUGGACUCUGACCAAUCUUCAACUCACCCAGGAGGUGGCAUUUGCUUUGUUUGUUUUUUAAGAAGUUAGCUAUGGAUAACUUUUUUUUCUAUUUAAAAUGUAGGCUAGUGCUGGGUCACUGCUGUUUUCAUACUUUUAAAAUAAAUAUUGAUAUGGGGUUGUUGCUGGAUAACUACCUGAAUUGCUUGUUUUGAAAUAUGUAUGUUCAAGUGAUUCAAGUCUGACUUUUAUACU